CAUGUUUUGUUUUUUGAGCUAGAUAAAUUCAAAAUUUGUCACCUCAGAAGUUCCCAGAAAAAUAUUUGAGGGCUCUCAAGUGGAUUCAAUGCCCAGAUAAACUUGCUGAUGCACAGUAUGACAAGGAGGCUUUUUUUUGUGAAACUAGUUGUUCUCCAACAUUUGGUGCUUGCAAAUGACAGAAGUUGAAGCGACUCAAUCAAAUAAGCUUUCCUUUAACCAUAAAUAAUACACAUGGAAUGUGAUAUGCUCAAAAUUAUUCAUAAAGACAUUAAAAGGAGAGUUUGUGUAAUAUAUUCCCUCUAUGAACUGAACUGUUGAGACAGCCAACUCUGCAAACUGUGAUUUUCCUAGUAAGUCAGAACUCACUACUGUGACCUCUGAAACCAAUCUAGCUGGCCAGGGGCUCUGAACACUGUUUAUCACACUGAACAAAUAAAUUUGGGGACUACCACUCAAAUAUUUGUGUUAACUUUUAACUGACAUAGGCAAUGAAUAAACUCUUCCUUGGACCUCCGUGAAAUUCAAAGAUAAUGAGGACCAAAUGUGAGAGAGAGGCUGUGUUAUACCAAACAUGUGGUAUAAACUGCCAGUGUAAUUCAGUUGGGUCCUAACUUGUGUGGUGCCCAGGGAACUUUGAACCCCCACAAAGACUUUGCAUAAAGUGAAGUGGGCGAAAAUUGCAACUAUUUUGUUUGUUUUCUUCUAUUUUAGACUGAAAAUGCAAUGUAAUUUAACUCCAAAGCUGUUCCACUGACCUCAGGGCUGAGGUGUGGAGAGGUCAAACGACUUCCCCUGGUCAAACAGGGUGCAUGUGGCCUAGCCAUGAAUAGAUUCCAAAGUACCGGUCCCAUGUCAUAACAGCCAUUCUUAGUGUGACAAAAGCUAUUCUAUUUUAGGCAGAUCCAACAAUUUGUCCAAGUUGUCAUUAUGGCUUAACUACAUAGGGGCAGAGAAAACAAACUCUAGGUACUUUAAGUAAAAAACUAUGAAUAUGUCAACUGAGAUCCAAGUUUGUAAUUCCCUGCUGAAAUUCAGAGAAAGACAUUUUGUGCAACACAGUGAAGUCUGUUUUCAGCAGUUCUGUGGCUUUGUAUUUUAGAAAUUUGUCUUAAUGAUUUGUAUUUCCUGCUAAUUCUGCUUUCUGUCCCAAGAUCUAGAAACACCAAGUGCUAGCCUGUGAUAUUCCUAUGAAGUCGUUCAGUAAUUAACUUCUGUUUUACAGAAGGGGGCAGGAAACGAAACCUCCUGGUCAACUAUUUUCAUAAUUAAGCAACUGAACCAAGGAGGCUCAGUUUUCAAAGCAGCUUAUGACCUCAGCAAACAGGAACAGACUCGUCAAACCACUGCUGCGCAUACACGUUACACAGGGUGUUUAGUAUUUAAAAUAAAAUUUAAAAAAAGGACAGGAUGAAGUCUAAACUUGGUUAUAUUAAUCCAUAGGCAAUAGAACACUGUUCUGUAACCUGUGGCUGCUCCCAAGUCUUAUUGGCAGACCUCUAACCACACUUUCCUGUUUAUUGAAAAAUAUUUUCCAUGCACUGGCUCCCCAGACCAGCAGAGACUGAGCCAGUGAACCGCACCAAACCUCCCUUACCCUUUCUAACAGUUGCCUGAAAGCUAAGAAGAAACUGCUGUCUAAAAGUAUUGUUUUCUCUACUGAGCCUCAGUUUGCAGACAGGUUCAUGAGAGUUUUUUCCAGCUUGGAAAUUAGGCCAUUUAUCAAAGACCAUACAGGAAAUCAGUGUCAGAAUGAGGAAUACAAUUAGAUUUCUUCACUUUCAAGACCUAAACUUGAACUGCAAGACAGCUAUGACUCUGAAAAUUUAUUAAUUUCAGAGUCAUGUAUUUGAGAUAGUGUGUUUUAAGACCACAAAGAAACAUCCCCCUGCUGAAUGAUGGUUAAUAGAAAAAAAUCUGUGUCCUUGUUGGUAAACCAGAGUAGCUCCCUGACAAUCACCUACUGCUUAUCUUUUUCAGAACAGGGCUUAACACUGAGUCCUGUUAUAGAAGUACUUCAUAUAUGUCAGUGCCAGAGGUAAAAGUUCCUGGACUUUGCAAAUGUAAUUGGCAGUCUUUGCUGAACCCCAGACACAGAGUUUAGUUUCAGCAUCUGUGCACUGGGAGCAGUGGUAAACAACGUUCCUCCUGCUUUCUUACUCCCAUUGCCAAAGAGUCAUUGCAUUGGAAGACUAGAGAUAAGGAAACAUAUAAGCUCGGAAAAAUAAUUGCAUCCUGAAGGUGUGCUCUUUCAAUGGAGUUUUAAACUACUGGAGGCUUGGUAAAUAUUUGGCAUUUAUUUAUGUAAGUUUUCUUUCUCCUGCUAUACACCAUCUUUGAAAUACUAAACAUAAAGUUAACAUUGUUGGGCGAUAGGCAAAUGUUUGUCAUUGUGGGUUUUUUAGCAACAUUACGGAAAAAAAGUCUGUGAGGAAAUGUUUGAAUUCAAGUAUUAUUAUGUUGUGCUAACUCUUAAAAGAGAAAUUUAUUAGUGUCUGAAAUAGAAUGUUAUUCAGCAAGAGUUUAAAGAGUUGGAAUUUUUUUUAUUGUUUAAUUGCAAAUGCAAUCUCCAGAUUUUGCAGAUUUGAAGGUAUAGUUCUUUAUAUAGGCAAAACCACUUAAAAUCCAAUUAUUAACCCGACUGUCCUCUGAAACUGUCCAAAUAUAUUGUUGUUCCAGAUGUUCGUGGUACUGUUCCAUGUUUAUACUAUUCUCUCAGCAGCUGUUAGGCUGUCUGAAAAAAUUACUCAGAUGGGUGGUAGUGGUAUUUAAUGCAGAAUCCACCCUCAAAAGGGUGGAUUACAUAAUGUAGGGGUAAUUACAUAAAUAUAGCCCAAUAAGUAUCAUUUUAUCAGGACAGCAACCAACUAACAUUCCUUCAGCCUGAUGUAAAUUAAAAAGGGCAAAUGCUAUCAUAGCCUCUUGACAGAACAGGCUGUAAUGACUCUUACUUACUACAUCUUUUUUUAAUCAAGAGAUAUAAAAUUACACAACCUUUUUUUUUUCUUCCUUGUCCAUCCAUCUACAAAUGAGAAAUCUAAUCCUGCUAAUGCGUGUGCACAUGCGUAGCUUCACUUGUGUGAGUAAUCCUUUCAAACUGGGAGAACUACUUUUUUGGAGGAAAGGUAUGUACAUGAAUGCAAGCUUGCAGAUGUUGUUCUGCAGGCAGCGUGCUCAGGAGACCCCUCUCCUGUUGUCCUUAGCAUGCUGUAAUGAAUGGAAUUACAGGAAUGCAGGGCUGAGUUCCAAAAGCUCGGGCUGGAUUUCGGUUUCGGAAUGGAGAUAGCACUCAGGAGUGUAGCGUAAAAUUUUGCAUCUGGUCACCUAGAAAUUUACCAGUGAUAUUGUGCUCAGUGCUGUCACUGAGAAGUCAACAUGUGGACAACAAUUCCUGAAGAUUUCAAGUGUUGUUUUGAUUUGAACAUUCCUUAAAAUGCCUGUGACCAGAAUUCUUCACGAGCUUUGUGCUAGCAACUGACAUAAAAUGCGAUAGAUAUAAAGCACUCUGCAGCAUGACAUUUGAAGAUUUUGAGAAUUAUUCUUAUUUCUACGACCUGUCUGAGGAAGAUGAGUCACCCCAGUCCUCCCCCAGCAUUGCCCAUAUUAUUUCCCUUUUCUUUUACAGUGUGGCAUUUCUGCUGGGAGUGCCAGGUAAUGCCAUUGUCAUCUGGUUUAUGGGCUUUAAAUGGGAUAAAUCUGUUUCUACCCUCUGGUUCCUCAAUCUGGCCAUUGCAGAUUUCAUUUUUGUUCUCUUCCUGCCCCUCUAUAUUACGUAUGUGGCAAUGGGCUUCCACUGGCCUUUUGGGAAGUGGCUCUGCAAAAUGAACUCAUUCAUUGCACUACUUAAUAUGUUUGCCAGUGUUUUCUUCCUGACAUUCAUCAGCCUUGACCGCUAUAUCCGCCUUGUCCACCCAGUCUUUUCCUACAAGUAUCGGACUGUAAGGAACACCCUUGUUCUCAGUGGGGUCAUUUGGAUGUCAGCUGCAAUUAUUGGUGGCCCUGCCUUAUACUUUAGAGACACAGCUACGGUUCUGAACAAUGUCACCAUUUGCUACAACAACUUCCAUGUGCACGACAGAGAACUUAUUUUGCUGACACAUCACAUUCUCAUUUGGGUGAGGCUUGCAUUUGGUUACCUCUUCCCUUUAGUGACCAUGGUCAUUUGCUACUCGUUGCUGAUUGUCAAAGUGAAGAGGAGAACUGUGUUGACUUCUAGCAGGCUUUUCUGGACCAUCAUUGCUGUAGUUGUAGCUUUUUUUGUUUGCUGGACACCGUAUCACAUAUUCAGCAUUGUGGAGCUGUCUGCUCACCAUGACGAAAACUUGCAUGACUUACUGCAGGAUGGCAUUCCGCUCUCCACUGGCCUUGGUUUCAUCAACAGUUGCCUCAAUCCAAUCCUCUAUGUUCUGAUAAGCAAAAAGUUCCAGGCCCAGGUCAAGACAACAGUCUCUGAGGUACUAAAACUGGCUCUGUGGGAAGUGAGCCGCUCGGGAACUGUCAGCGAGCAGCUGUGGAGCUCGGACAACAGCCAUGCGCCUGUGCACUAUUGUGAGACUGCCCAGUGACUGUUCUCGUCAACAUCCCUCUGCAGAAGAGCUGACGGGAGAUUUGGAGGUGUUCUUGACUUCACAUCUGACAGUCAGAUAUGCAUCUUUGCAUAUACAGUUUUCUAUAAACAGCUGGCUUAAUUGCACUUGCUGCUUUAAUUGAAAGGUUUUUAACGGACACAUCAUUUGGGUGUGGUGUCCUUGCAAUGCACAUACAGCCUGAGCUGAAAGUUGUCAGCAUAAGUGGAAUUACUCCAACUGGGGUUUUGAUGAGGAAUAUUGUUUUAAUCCCAUUGUUUUGCUAUGGUUCCAUACCUCAUUGAUAUCAAAAGAGCACAUAAUAAAAAUAUUCCUCCUUGCCAUCACUGAUACCUCUCUUGUUUGAGGCAGUCUCAGCCAAGAGGUUGUAGCCAUACAUCAGUGGCCAUGAGUCCUGAUUGCCUAGUGCUGCCUGAAGUAGGAAUCACCUAGCUACAUCCCAGCUAAGUGAAGUGGCUCUGCUCUGCAGCUGGAGAAGGAUCCCAAGACAGAGAACACUGAAUUGCUGCCUUCUCUUGUCAAAAAAGAAAAAUACGGAAAUAAAAUCUGUCUUCUCCCAAUGCUCUUUAUCUUAUACUCAAAAUUAAGACAGGAGACCCUAUGUUUUCUGGUCACUUAUUCUUGUGCUUUUAGCACUAGCUGGGUGCGAAAUACUGAGCAGAUGUUUCAUACAGGUAUUAGGUUCAUUUGAAAUGUGCAAAGAAUUAGUGAGAAUAUUUCUUGCAGAAGCUGAGAUUAAAGGUCCUGUGCCAUACUUCUUUUAAGUUUUUAGGCUUACAGCAGUUUACAACUAUUGGUUGCUUUUUAUUGCUCUGUCAAGCAAAGAUAAAGAAAUAACAUUUUGUUUGCCUUAAUGUCAAGCUUCAAAAAAUGGGUGUAGUGAAUUCAACAAUAUUCUGUUACAAGUCUGUAGCCAAAUUUGGACUUCAUUGCCAAAUGAGAGGCAAGACAGUUCAUCCAGGAAAUGGAGUCCACUCCCAUAAGAAAGAUGAAGUAGUCCCAGUUAUGCUGUAUUCUGUUCCAACUUGUUGCUUGCUGCAGAAUCACACACACCAAUGCAAAUAUAUAUACAUACAGAUAUGCUAUGUGGAGUGAAUCAAUUUCUGAUGCAAUACCACUUAAUUAAAAAGUUGAAUGUGGGACGAAACUCCACUAAAAGUAAAAGCACAGAGCUUUGGGUAAAUUUGAACUGUUUUUAACUUGCUAUUGGCUUAGGUAUAUAGAAUAAAAUUGCCUUUCAGAUAAUCUACCUAGUUUCUAUGGCCUGCCAACACACAUUAGUAGCAUUUAUACUGUAAUUGAGGCCUUAUAUGUAAAUAGAUUUGCAUUUGUAUAAAAUAUAUAUAUGUAUGCAUGACCACACCCAGUAUUGGUAACUGUACAAAUAGAAACAGUCUGACUGGUCUUUAACUAUUUCUUUGGGCUCUGGUUUCAGAGCCUGGGAGAGUCAGGCAGGAUCAGUGGAAUUUCAGUGUAUUUCACUUCAGGCUAGAAAGCUAGUAAGCAGCACUCUUCCUUUGAGACAUUUGCUGCCUGGUACAUAGUUACUCAUCAUAAUAUUUUGGCACUGUGCUGCUGAAUAUGCCUAAAUGAAACAUCUUGGAGUUUUUCUUCACAUGUUCCCUGACAUCUUUCUAGGAAUGAUGUACUUUCCUGACUGUAGUCCAAAUGAAGUAAUAAAAUUUUGUUGUUUCCAAA